AUGAACCAGACUGGCAAGUACAGUACCGCCCCGGAGAUGGCCAAGAACGACAUGGCAGACACUCAAAGCAUUAUCAUCAAAGACGCAGCCAUCAGCGGUGAGAUGCCUGGCCCAUUUAAAGGCGGCAUCGGUCGUAACGGGCCUCCCGUAUCCUGCGACGCGGAGCGCCGCUGCCCGAUAUGGGUGCGUCGUGAUGGAGGCUGCGUUUCCCGCGACUGCCGCACCCCCGCGCAUACGCGCCGCCGCCGCGUCUUCACCGGGGGCAGCAAGCCCGCCGUCAUGCGAUCUGGGCACGGGCCCAGGCCCAUGCGUUGGAAGCGGUUCGCGACACGGGCUGUAAAAUUGUCCCAGGCCCGGCGCACCGCCGCGCGCGCGCGGCGGUGCAGUUUGGGGGGAUUGGAGAUGGAGGAGGUAUCGCUGUAG